AUGCAGAACGACAAGGGCGUCAACGUCGAGCUUUUCACUCCCCGCAAGUGCUCUGCCACUAACCGUCUGAUCAAGCCUAAGGACCACGCCGCUGUCCAGAUCAACGUUGCUAAGUUGGACGAGCAAGGCCACAUCAUCUCUGGUGACAACUACACCUACUCCCUUUCCGGUUUCGUCCGUGCCAAGGGUGAGGCUGACGACUCUUUGAACCGUUUGGCUCAGCAGGACGGUCUCCUUAAGAACGUCUGGUCUUAUUCUCGCUAA